AUGACUCUCCGAAUCGCGGCUAUUCUUGCUUCUAUCGCUGUUUUCUGCCAUGCGGAAGCUUCAGAAAAAGUAGAAAUCAGUCAUCCAGCUUCUGAUAAAAUCUACGGAAAGUAUAUCGAACUUUCUAUGAAUCUAACUAUUAUAUUGAAAGAUACCAAAAUUGAAGAGGCAGCUAUUCAUCAGUUAGCCAAGGAUAUGGUUUCCAACGAUGGAAAUGAAGAGAAAGUGCAGAAGGUACUCGAUAAGUUCAUGACAAAGUUGCCAGAGGAUCAGCAGAAGGAUUUCGGUAGAUUGUAUUUCGAUAAAAUAAAACUCGACUAUAUCACUCGUAAAGUUCAUCGUGUGCUUGGAUUCUACCUGACCCGUCAUCAAAUCCAACGGCUUAGAUAUGUUCUGGAGAAGAAAUUCGAAGCAGGAGCAACACGACCUGAAUUGGUGGAAGCUAUGGUUGAAGAGUUGACAAAGGAUGUGAAGAGGGAAAAGGCUGUCAAAGCCAUCGCACAGACAAUGAAGGAUUUGAAGAUCUUCAGCCGAAAAAAUCCAGGAUGGAUUGAGCAGGUGGAGAUGUUGUUCAGUCACGCAAUGGUCCAUGACGAAAUGUAA